UGGAGGUCCCCGCGCCGGGCCGCUGGGGUGCCAGCCAGCAGCCCCCGGGCGAGAACCCGGACCCGGAGGGAAGUGCGGAGACUGAUCGGGGCCCAGCGCCUCGGCUCUUCCCAGUCGUCCUUGAGCCUGUCGCUUCCCCUUCCUCCUUAUCCUGGCCCGGCCGAGGGACGUCUUUGGGGAUCCUAGCACCGGGGAAGGGCUGAGGUGUGACGGCCAAGAUAUUUUAUAGUUCUGCGUAGAAAGCUGGUAAAGAGCAGAUUUGUCCAGUCUUGAGAGUUGAGUCCUGAGCCAUGUUGCUGAAGACAGUGGUCUUGCUGAUCCUGGUGACCCCAGUGCUAAUGCUGGACAACGGGCUAAUGCUCACGCCACCCAUGGGCUGGCUGGCCUGGGAGCGUUUCCGCUGUAAUGUUGACUGUGACGAAGACCCAAAGAACUGCAUCAGUGAGCGGCUGUUCAUGGAGAUGGCUGACCGGCUGGCACAGGAUGGAUGGCGAGACCUGGGCUAUGUAUACCUCAACAUUGAUGACUGCUGGAUAGGCGGGCGUGAUUCCAAGGGUCGGCUGGUGCCUGAUCCCACCCGUUUCCCUCACGGCAUUGCCUUCCUGGCUGACUAUGCUCACUCCCUGGGCCUGAAGUUAGGCAUCUAUGAGGACAUGGGCCAGAUGACCUGCAUGGGUUACCCUGGUACCACUCUAGACAAGGUGGAGCAGGAUGCCCAGACCUUCGCCGAGUGGAAGGUGGACAUGUUGAAGCUGGAUGGCUGCUUCUCCACCCCCAGCGAACGGGCCCAGGGGUACCCCAAGAUGGCUGCUGCCUUGAAUGCCACAGGCCACCCUAUCGCCUUCUCCUGUAGCUGGCCAGCCUAUGAAGGGGGCCUCCCCCCCAGGGUGAACUAUACCUUGCUGUCCGAAAUCUGCAACCUCUGGCGUAACUAUGACGACAUCCAGGAUUCGUGGAAGAGUGUGCUGUCCAUCGUAGACUGGUUUGUGAAAAACCAGGACAUACUGCAGCCGGUGGCCGGUCCCGGGCAUUGGAAUGACCCAGACAUGCUGCUCAUCGGCAACUUUGGUCUCAGCUUUGAGCAAGCCCGAGCCCAGAUGGCUCUGUGGACAGUGCUGGCGGCCCCUCUCUUCAUGUCCACAGACCUGCGCACCAUCUCCCCGCAGAACAUGGACAUCCUUCAGAAUCCACUCAUCAUCAAAAUCCACCAGGAUCCCUUAGGCAUCCAGGGACAGAGGAUUCUCAAGGAAAAGUUCAACAUUGAAGUGUUCAAGCGGCCGCUGUCUAAAGACGCGAGUGCCCUGGUCUUCUUCAGCCGCAGGACAGACAUGCCUUACCGUUACCACUCCACCCUCAAGCAGCUGGACUUCCCCAGCUCCAGAGUGUACGAGGGCCAGGACGUCUUCUCGGGGGACAUCAUCACUGGUCUCCGGAGUGAAACCAACUUCACAGUAGUCAUCAACCCCUCGGGGGUUGUGAUGUGGUACCUGUACCCCGUGAAGAACCUGGACAUAUCCGAUCAGAUGACCUACCUGUGAAGAGCCAGGAGUCACAGGCUGUGGCAGCCCUACCGAGCCCAUACCACGGAGCCUUGGCAUGCCGGGGGCAAGUGGGCAGGGCUUUCUCUCCCGACUGCUCUUGGGUGUGACUCCAUCAUACCCAAAGUACAGUUGCGGGGCCAGCCAGGUUCCAUGCCCCGCUCCAUCAUGGGCCCUCUUGAAAACUUCUCAUGGAGCAGUUCCUGUGGCCUCUCUUUGUCUGCACAGCUCUACAGGUGUCGCUGCACAACGUGGCCAGCCUCCUGAGCCCCCCACCCACCCCACACACAGGGACCCCGGGCCUCUGACCUCGCUGCCAACUCUGAAAUCAGGGUUUGGCGUUUCUACUUAGGAGUGGACCUGGUGUCUUGAAUUGUGUGAUUGGCCUUCCUGCCAGAGACCGUCUUGUAGGCCCAUACUUGCUGGGGUUGACAUCAGAAGGGAGACCUUGCCUUAGGUCACCAAUAAAGCUGUUCUUUAGUCAA